AUGUCAUUAACCCCGUCCCGGUCCCCGUCCCCGUCUCCAACGCCCUCCCCUCUCCCAUCAGCCCUCUCUGCCCUUCACACCAGGAUCGGCCCCAACAUCACCCUCAGCCUCCCCAGCAUAGACGGCCUCACAAUCCGCCUAGACAGAUGGAAAACCGACUACCUCGCGUAUACCGUCCGCAUCGGCGAAUUCACACCCAAAAGCCUAUACUCUACAUACUCUGCCUGGGCGCACAUCCAGCCCGGCGGCCUAUCAUCCCCCACCGUCCAUGUCUACAUCUACGACGAAGAGCACGAGGAGAUUCCCGCGGAACCCGAACACCGGCGACCUUUUCAGAUACACGAGUUAUGGGAGGAUAUGGAUCUGGACGACGAGUUCCAGCAGUGUGAGAAUGUCGCGGAUGUGGAGGCGUUGGUGGUGUGGUUUUUUGUUGUGGCGGGGGAAGAGGCCAAGGGGUGUUGUUGGGUAGAGCCGACUGUUGAGUAUGAGGUGGUGAAGAGGUUGAAGGGGAUUGGGAGGCGGUGGAUGGAGGAGAAGAGCAUGGUGCUCAAGGUUGAUGUGAAUGGUGAUUAG